GCGCAGUGGGACGGCUGAGCGCCGGCCGUGUCUCCACCAGCGACCCGCGGCUCAUGCGCAGUAGGACGGCUGUGCCCGGGUGGCUCCUCCCCGUGCGCGCUCCCGCCCGGAUCCCCGUCAUCCCCGUCAUCCAUCCCCAUCCCGCUCCUCGUCCUCCCGCUGCUCCCGCUGCUCCGCAUCCCGGUGCUGGCGGCGGGCGGAGGCGGCGGCGGGUGUGAUCGUGUAGCGCAGGGUGUCGCGGCCGGGGAUGCCCCGGGGGGCGCGGCGGGGCGAAGGGGCUGCGGGCUCCCGGCCCCGCUCCCACCUCCGGAACACCACGAUCUGAAGACGAGGUUUCCUUCUGCCACCCUGAUAUGCCCGCGGCCCUCCUGCCCAAUGAUACUGUUGCAGCCCGCCGGACUUCCUGCCCCUAAGCAGCUCUCACCGCCUCCUUCUAUGUCAGUGGCUCCUGGCUCAGCGGCCUCCUUGCCGUUCUCCCUGCCGAGACCUCUGGGACUGGGGGCCGCUCUGCCUCUCCCCGGGGAAGAAGAACUCUCAAAGGCUGUGGAACAAGAUUCGGCACUGGAGGGGUUAUGCAAACCCUUGUUCUGUAAACUCUGUAAUGUCACCUUGAACUCGGCCCAGCAGGCCCAGGCUCAUUAUCAGGGUAAAAAUCACAGUAAGAAACUUCGAAACUACUAUGCAGCGAAUAGUUGUCCAGCUCCUGCCAGAAUGAAUAAUUCAGUAGAGCCUGCAGUUACUUCGAUUGUACCAGUUUCUCCUCAGAUGGGCUCUUCCAAGCCGGGAGGCCGAAUAAUAAUGGCCACAGAGAACGAUUACUGUAAACUCUGUGACGCCUCGUUCAGUUCCCCAGCUGUGGCCCAGGCUCACUAUCAAGGGAAAAAUCACGCCAAAAGGCUGCGGCUCGCUGAGGCUCAGAGCAACUCAUUCCCAGAUCCAUCGGAUGUCGGCAAACGGCGGCCCCGGAAAGAAGGGAAUGAAUACAAGAUGAUGCAGAAUAGGAGAACUCCGUAUGCGGUUCAGAAUAAUGCAGCAGGUCCCUACUUCAAUCCUCGUUCUCGACAGCGGAUUCCCCGGGAUCUUGCAAUGUGCGUUACACCGAGCGGCCAGUUUUACUGCUCAAUGUGUAACGUUGGGGCUAGCGAAGAGGUGGAAUUCCGGCAGCACUUAGAAAGCAAGCAACACAAAAGCAAGGUGUCUGAACAGCGGUAUAGGAGCGAGAUGGAAAAUCUUGGCUAUGUAUAAUGAAUUACAUUCCUCUGAUUGUAGUUUUCAGUUAA